AUGUGUGAGGCUAUGGCGGCGGCGUCUCGACCCCUUCCUCACACACUUCCGCCCUUGAGUUUCUUCAGGUGCCGGUGGGUAGGUGGAGGCGUCGCGGUAGGACUGCGCAGAGCCGGGAGGAGCGGGGUGGAGGACGACGGUGUAGUAGAGAGAGGAGGCAGGGCGCUCCCCUCGGCCGUGUUUGUUGCUGUUUGCCGCACUUUGCUCACCAGCUCAGCUGGUUGUGCUCACUCGUCGGCGGGGGAGAGGACAAAGGAGACCAAGGCUCGUCCCCAAGGGCUCGCCGUGCCCUUUCCUCAGCGGGCGCUGCCCCCUUCGGAAAGGAAGGCCUUUAGGAAAGAGCUCGCGCCUCCCCGCAGCCCGCCCGUCUUUAUACAGCUGAGCGCGGGAUAG